CGGUCCGACUAGACGUUUGGCAAGUUUUUGUCUUCACAACAUUGAUGUCGGUUCAGUUUUUGGUGAUGUUGCGUGCGUGAACGUUAAACAGAACAACAAGGAUGAACGAGUACAACUGGACACACUGGAUCGGGACUAAUUUGUGCGAACGAUGUGCUGAUCCGGAAAAUUUGGACGAUUCAGUUCAAGAACCAGAUGAGUUCCAGUGCUGGUUGGAUUUGUCUUUUGUGGCACUAGACGUGCUAGUGGCUUUCGUUUGGCUUUCAAUACUCAUUUACACGUGCAGUGCCAUAAAAAGCGUUCGCAGAAACCGUUGUUUAUCGCAAAAUUGCAGUUCAACAAUUUCCCGUUAUCCACUUCACGAUGUUCACUGGCUGUUGGUCGUGACAUUGUUCCUGACUCACCUCGCUGAUCUCGGAGACGUUCUACUCAUUUGGCAGAAUAACCCGUUGCAAAUCGCUAAAGUGUCCGUUGUCGUGCCCAUCAGCAACGCCCUCGUUGUCGUCUUAUCCUGCGUUUACUUUGACCGUAUCGAGGUAUGGCAGCGCGCUGCCUAUUUGCUAUGGCUAUGUCCGCAGUGGCUGGCCGAAGCCAUUCUCAAUUUCGUUCGUUGGCGUCACUUUCACUUGGAUUACACCAGAGAUACGGACGCUGUUGGAUCUGUCGCCAUACAACUAGUCAUAACGUGGAUGAAAAUUAUGCUGGCCGUCUUUCUCUUCGUUGUCGACGCCACGACAGCACUACAGAGUGGACCAUCAACGGCUGGAACGGAAUCAAACGCGAAGGAUAUUCAUCCUCCUGAUAAAGAUACGAUAUCAACAAAGUCCAUGGAUUCGGUGUUCGUUCAACCGUUUCCAUCACAGGUGGAAAAGAACCCGAAAUACUAUUACCUGCACGGCCAAUCAAACCUGCUUUCCAAAGCGACCUUUUUUUGGUGUCGAAGAGGGUCACACAGCCCGAUUAUUAGCUGCUGUUGUCUAAAUCAUGAAAAUGAAAACUUUUGUCGUAAAGCGAUACGGAUUUCACAAAAAGUCUUUUGAAAAUUUUAGUAUUUCUUAUUUAUUACUCGUUGUUGCGAUAACCAAAGGAGAAAAAACCAAAAAAAAAAUUGGUGGUUUCGCUCAUAGUCUACUUGGUAGACUGAUGGGGCGCCAAUUGGGAACCCUGCCAGUGUUAGCUUCACAUGCCAAAUUACUUGUCUUAACCCUGAAGGCCAGCUUAAGUUAAACCAUGACUUUAACUCUGAGGAUCUUCUGACUGAGGCUGGGAUGAUGACUACGGAUGUAAUCACCACGAGCCCCACUCCUGUAUGAAUUCUUCUCCCUUCAUACAGGAUGUCUCCUCAUCCAGGUAUGGCUGCGAUCAUGAGCCAUCGAGUUACCAGCAGGAGUUCCACGCAAACUCCUGCCUGUCAUUCAUCCCUUGCGGGACAAACGGCCGGUUCCAACUGGCAGUUAUUCUCUUACGAGACCAACUGCCACCGAUAUUCACCAACCAGCUACGCCACCAAUGUACUAAUUGAAACCUCGGCCUUUUAUACCGUAUUUUUCGAGCCCAAAACAACGUUGACAAAGAAUAGAUAAUAAUCGCCAGUCUAGUACGUUAAAUGAAAUAUGUUAAUCUAUUAACUUAAAUUUAACAAAUGAACAUUAUUUGGAAUUUGAGGGCCUUUUAUAUUAUUACGAUUAACCUACAUAAAAUUGUAUUAUUAAUUGAUAAAACGUAUAAUUAGAUGUAACAUGUAAAAAGCUAUCGGAGCCAAUAGGCUGUAAUCGGGGUCCCUGCCCCGCCCCGCCCCGUUAAACCCAUUUCCGGUUUUCUGUUGUCCCUUUCAUGGGUUAUGGUAGAAGACAUUGGAAGUCUAUUCCUGUAUCGUUUGAUCCGUUACUCAAAAAGAAAUUAAUUAAUAAAAGAAGCGAGAGAAAUUGAUGACAAAGAGAGUUGGCGUAAUCGUAUCAGAAACACAAACGCGAUUUGAAAAGCGAAAAUCCAUUGUCAUACAGAACAUAGUUUUGGGCGCGGUAUUUUUGAUGGUAUGGAGGGAAACACGAUACGGAAUAGUUGCGAAUUAAACUAUAGGGCAUAGUAAUUCGGUCAUUUUUUUUUAGAACAAGAUGGGUAAAAUAACGAUUUUCAAGUUCGUAAUAAAACAUUCAAGUAAAACCGGGCAAAUUUUUCUACAACUCAGUAAAAUGAGCCGUAAGAUACUUCUUUUUGCCAAAUUUUCUUUGAAAAUGCACUUAAGGACACUGUUGUGUCCAUGCUGGUAAGUAAUAUCUCUCAAUCGACUGCUUUUAAUAGUUAAAAUGGCCAACAAUAAGCGAGCUAGUAGGAAAGCGCAAAAAAAGGGGUCCAAAUUGAACAAACGAAAGGUGUACCAUCAACCGAAUAAGCCCUUGAAAGUUAUGACAUUGAGGAAUGAAAUACUAACUAUUAAUUUAUCUUAUACAUUGUUCUCCAUCAUGACCGCUCACU